AUGGCCGCACGCAUAGUGCUUCUCGUUGCGGCGUUAUUCGUCAACCAUUGCGUGAGCCAGCCGAGUUGCACCAAUCUGACGAUUCCCGUCACUGCCUCAGCUAGGAAUGGAAGAUUCCCCGAGUCGUUGAACCCACAGACCGAGGUGGAGGUGACGAACUUCGUGCUGGAACUCACACGUCAAGGGACGAACUUCACUCAGGCCAGCUUGGAAGGGUACGCAACUGUCAGCGGAACAUUCAACAUCACCGCAACGUAUUGUCAGCCGGCCGCAGGCGCACCGGAUGUCAUCCAGGUGCUGACUCACGGCAUUGGCUUUGAUCGCGGCUAUUGGAAUCUGGCAUUCAACAACUACAACUACUCUUACACCAAUGUCGCCGUCGGGACUUACGGCUUCGCAACACUUGCGUACGACCGACUCGGUAUCGGGGAGUCUCAGCAUGGCGAUCCCUUGAACUUUGUGCAGAGCUGGAUUCAGAUGGCAACCCUCGAAUCUCUGUCCAAUAUGCUACGCGAGGGCUCCAUUCAAGGCAUCCCCAAGUUCGAGAAGGUGCUGCAUGUAGGACACUCAUUCGGAUCCAUCCAGACGGUGGGCGUCUUGAAGAUGGAUCCAAAUGUUUGGGAUGGCGUAGCUUUGACCGGCUACUCGACGCAAUCGUUAUAUUUCGACUUCUUCGAACUGGCCAGCGACUUCGUCGAAGCGCAACCGUUGAUUCCGGAGUACCCGCUAGGUUAUCUAGCGCCCGGGGGCACGGCUGCUCUGGAAGAAGAUCUUCUGGGACCAAACGAGUUCGACCCAACCAUCCUGCCAUUCCUGGCGAGCACCGGCGCGCCACCGACCGUUGGCGAAUUCCUGACCUUGACUGCUGGCAGUGCUGCCGACGGACCGCCUACUGAAUUCACCGGACCGGUUCUGGUCAUCUCCGGCCAGAACGACCUUCCAUUCUGCGGAGGUAAUUGCGAUCAGUCUUUCACAGGAUAUCCAACUCUCCCAGCUGCAGCGCAGCGUCUCUUCCCAAACGCUUCGGCUUACCAGACCGUUAUUGUUCCUGGGAGCGGUCACGGACUGAACUUGCAAUACACACAUCCAUUCACUUACGCGCAAGUGAACGGCUUUUUCAUUGAGCACGGCCUUGGACCAUCAUGGAGCGGCAGUGGGUGGCAUCGUCGCGGGGGUUCGAAGAGCCACUGA